GAGAGAGAGAGAGAGGAGGAGGGAGGGAGGGGGGUUUGGGUGUUUGCUGGGAAGAAACUCGCGAUCGCGUGAGAGAGAUCCCCCGACUCGCGAGGAUGGACUUCAACGUGAAGAAGCUGGUGAAGGACGCGGGAGCCGCCCUCAGCAGGGUCGUCCAGAUGACGGAGGAGACGCUGGGCACGUCGGAGAAGACCGAGCUGGACGCGCAUCUGGAGCACCUGGCGGAGAGAGGGAACUCCACCAAGACGUGGACGGAGAAGAUACUGCGGGACAUGGAAGCCGUGCUCACUCCGAAUCCCGGUAACAGAAUUGAGGAUUUCUUUUACGAGAAGAUCGACAAGAGGAGACCUAACAGGUUGAGCAACUUGGAGUGCGUAGGCACCGAUAUGAUAGAAGCUGGGAACGACUUUGGCCCAGGGAUAGCUUACGGUAGCGCGUUAAUCAAAGUCGGCCAGUGCCAGCAGAGAUUGGGGCAGAUCGAGAGGGAUUUCAUAGGGACCGCUGCCAAUUGUUACAUACAGCCUCUGAGGAAGUUCUUGGACGGAGAAAUGAAGACUGUCAGCAAGGAAAUGGCGAUACUGGAGACUAAGAGAUUGGACCUGGACGCGUGUAAAAAUAGAGUAAGGAAAGCGAGGAGCAUGCUGGGUCAGCAGAGUGAGUCCGGCAUAUCACCCGAAGUGUUGCUCGAUCAGGCAGAGAGGGAGCUGAGGGUAGUGCAGUCGGAGUUCGAUCGGCAAGCGGAGAUCGUGAAGCUGCUGCUGGAGGGUGUCUCGAGCUCGCAGGCCGGACACCUGCGGUGCCUGCACGAAUUCGUGGAGGCGCAGGCACGCCACUACGCGCAAUGCCACGCUGUCAUGCAGGAUCUGCAGCGCGAGCUUGCCGGGGCACGUCAACCGAGCCCUUUGCUGAGAGUCAACAGCGAGGAAGUGAUCGAGCUAAACCCCUCGCCCACUCUCUCUCAAAACUCGCCCGUAACCGCCGGAUCUGCCGCUUACGUUACCGCCACAUUCGACACUGAUACCAGUAAAGUUUAGCUUUUCAACCCUCCGGACACGAGGCGUCGGAUCGUUAUGAAUUUCGGAGUCCCGUUGGCAAUUUAAUUGACGGAUCUACGUUAGCACGAUUACGCAGUUUUUCCCCCUUUUCCAGCGACGUUCGUUGAAACUUCACUUCACGUACGCGUUAAAAAGCUUGGCCCCCCGACCGUCGCUUAAUCGUUGCAGCCUUGUUAUCAAACGAAUACUCUAUAACGUUGUAUAAUUGUAUAUUUAGGCGAAGUAGAGAAUGGACGAAGCAAUUUCUUCUCGACGAACCUCUUUGUGAACGAUUUACGGCGAUCAGUGCGGUUUACUCUCAUCUUUACCUUCUUCUACUGUUACUAUCCUCUCGUUGUUCUUGUCCUUGAGAACAGUUGCUUUGGAUCGCCGUAACUCGACCGAGAAUGGCCAUAGUGGUAGGGGAAACUAAUCCACGGUGCUAUAACAACGCCAUGUAACUAAACAACGACAUAAUUGUAUAGAUACAUAUCACGCUUUUCUUGGUUGUAUACUAGAAUGUCGAUAAUCUGCCUAUAUUAUAAUAUACCGCGGGGGGGAGAGAGAGAUUAAAAUUCCCGUCUCGUAACAUCCGGGGCGAACCGUGUAACAAUCGACAAUGCAUGCGACUGAAUCGGUAAAAAAUUCAAGAGACACGCGCGCUCACGAAACAACUAACAAGAUGGCUCGAAUACGAGACUCGGGCUCUUUGAAUUGCAUGCAUACUAACUCAAUUCGCCACACAAUCGAACACUUCUGUCAUCUCGCUCGCUGUAACGAACCCGUGGAAUCCGGCGGUGAGUGUGUGUGUGUGUGUGUGCCUGACGAGACGAAUAUUACAAUACGUUCAUGUUGACGUUGCGUGGCAGUGACAGUCCUCAGUAAAAAAGUUGCUUACAA